UGCUUUUCUCUAUUCAUUCCUUCUCUCUCACGUAUUCUCAAACAUGAAACAUCCAACUAGUAAAGUAAUCAUGCAUUUAAUUGAGUAAUUAGCCAUUCCAAACUACACUUAAACACACACAUUUUUCGGAAGAGAAGGUAAAGCUAGCAGCUACACAACAAUGCCAAUAAGCCGGAAAUUUCGGACAUGGGCCGUUGUUACGGCAGUUAUAGCUGUCCUGGUCAUCUUCGUCGGGCCAUCCAUCAUCGGACCGGAGAGUAUAGUGGGCUCGAAGAACGUCCUAACCAAGGCGACGAUGAUCCCGCUUCCCGUUGAUGGACCGGAGAGCCUGGACUGGGACCCACAAGGGGAAGGCCCAUACGUCGGCGUCACCGAUGGUAGCAUACUCAAAUGGCGCGGUGCGGAUCUUAGCUGGGUCAAAUUCGCCUACUCAACUCCCGACAGAGGGAACUGUUCGAGACAUAAGGUGGAACCUGCGUGUGGAAGGCCCUUAGGCCUGAGCUUCGAAAAAAAAUCGGGAGAUUUGUACUUUUGUGACGGUUACUUAGGGGUAAUGAAAGUUGGGCCUAACGGAGGAUUGGCCGAGAAGGUCGUGGACGAGGUAGAAGGUCAGAAAAUUAUGUUUGCGAAUCAAAUGGAUAUAGACGAAGAAGACGAUGCUAUUUACUUCAAUGAUAGCAGCGACACCUACCACUUUGGGGACGUAUUCUACGCGUUUCUGUGUGGCGAAAAGACGGGAAGAGCGAUUCGAUAUGACAAGAAGACAAAAGAGGCCAAAGUUAUAAUGGACGGUCUACAUUUCCCUAAUGGUCUUGCCAUAAGCAACGAUGGUUCGUUCGUGCUUUCCUGUGAGGUUCCAACGCAACUUGUUCAUCGAUAUUGGGUCAAAGGACCUAAAGCAGGGACCCGCGACAUAUUCGCUAAGCUCCCGGGUUACGCUGAUAACAUCAGGAGGACCGAGACAGGGGAUUUUUGGGUUGCCUUGCAUUCUAAGAAAACUCCGUUUUCUAGGCUUUCGUUGAUGCAUCCGUGGAUUGGGAAGUUUUUCAUGAAAACGUUGAAUAUGGACCUGUUGGUUUUUCUAUUUGAAGGAGGAAAGCCUCAUGCAGGUGCCGUGAAGCUCUGCGGCAAGACCGGUGAGGUUAUGGAGGUUCUUGAGGAUAGUGAAGGGAAGAACAUGAAAUUCGUAAGUGAGGUUCAAGAGAGAGAUGGUAAGCUCUGGUUUGGGUCUGUGUUUCUGCCUUCUGUUUGGGUUCUCGAUCGUCAGUGAUCUAAAGUUACGGCUUCCUUGAACUGUUUUAAAUCUGUACCGUCAUUAUAGAAUCUAUAUUGUGCUCCUACACUGUCAUUUUCCCAUGUGUGUAGAUUUGAUAAUUAAUUUUUAAAAAGUAUUUGCCGGUUCCGGUUAGGUUUGCACUUAAACUUAUAAAUCCUUUCAAGACUUUUGGUUUUAUAAUUUACUGAAAUGUUGGCUUCCUCUCUUUUGUUAAAGGAGAUUUUGAUUUCCCUAUGGUUCACUUCCAUUUUUUUCUUUCAAUUUGAUUAUAUUUUCGAGUUUUAAUGUUAAUAUAUUCAACUAAAAAGUGAAUUGUUAGAUCCUAUCUACAAGCUCAAAGAGAGGAAUAUCUAAUGAUGGAACAAAAAGUGCCAAUUUAAAACGCAUAAUUUAAAUAACCGAAUAGCAAUUUAACUAGCAAAGGUUACUAUGCGCUUUCGCAUGGCACUGUUGACACAUUCAAUGUAAGAAACGAAUUUUUCAGUUUCAAAUUCUUAUUUAUGUUGGCUAUUACUUUUAUAUCCGAAUAUAUUCUGGUAGGCCAAAGCUUCUUUUAUGUAUGUUUGUAUACUUAGAUCCCAGGAUAAACAUAUUUGUAUAUAUGAAAAAUAUAUAAUAUAAGUUACGGUAUAUGAAAACAAUUGGAUACACAAAUGCGAGAGAUUGUUUUAAAUUAAAUCUUAAUACAUGAGAUUCAUUGAAUUAAUGACAUAGAUACCACUCAGAGCGAAUCCAUAAAUAAAUUUUUAAAAUCCUUCUUUUUAGAUCGAAAUUUAAAAUUUUUUUUAUAAAAUUAAAAAGUUGAUAAUUAAAUUCGGAUCCUUGUAAAAAAAACUACAAUUAUUAUUACUGAUCACAACGUUAUCAUCCUGGAAAGAUAUUGAGUCAAUCAAGCAGGGCUAAGGAAAGGCACAAGCCCCAGUCAGCUAUGUCGGAGGUAAAACUAGCAAGGUAGUCUCACGAUCGGGCACUCAUGCCCGUAAGUUGUCAUUGUAUACUCCCCGGGUCGGAAGGCGGCGGGGGAGGGAGGAGGACACUGGGCGGGAUAUAUCAGCAGCGAAUUCCCCGUAAAGAUAGAGGCACCUAUAAAAAAGAUACUCCGAAGGCUUCGGGAUCGAGGUAUCAUUAGCCGAAGAAGAUCCUGGCCAAUCCACGUGGCCUGCUUGACGAAAACGUCAGUGACGUAGACAUCGUAAAUUGGUCCACGGACAUCGCGAUAAGUCCUCUGUCCUACUACAGAUGCCGCGACAACCUUUACCAUGUCCGAACGAUUGUCGACCACCAGAUUCGCUGGUCUGCAAUAUUCACCCUAGCCCACAAGCACAAAUCCUCGGCGCGGAAUAUAAUCCCCAAGUACUCCAAAGACUCAAAUAUUGUAAAUCAAGAAGUAUGUUUUUUAUUUAUUAAUUUUUCUUAUUAUUAAAAUAAAAAAGAAUGCACAUGUAUAUAUAUAUAUGUCUUUUUUUCUUCUUUUCUUGUGGUACAGUUCUAUUUGGAACAUCACAUGUUGUGCUCUACCAAAAAUUAAAUUUUUUUUUCAAUGUAAUCAAUUUUUUUUUUAUGCCUUUUUUAUUUUUUUCUAAAAUGUCUAAAAUCUUUUUUACAUCUUCUAUGUGAAAAUGU